AUGCUGGCGGAGGAGGAGAACGAGUCUUAUGGGCAGCAGUACGAGCAGUUCAAAAACAUUGGUAGGCAGGCUGAUAUUAUUAUGGUGAAUUCAUCAUGGACAAGAAAUCACAUAUUGGAACUGUGGCAAAAACCUCAUUUGACUUUUACUGUUUAUCCACCAUGUGAUGUUUCUGCAUUUAAUUGCAUUCCAUUGGAAAUACAUAAUGGUAAAACAAGAAUUAUGUCUAUUGCCCAAUUUCGUCCAGAAAAAAAUCAUGAACUUCAAAUUAGAGCUUUCCAUAACUUUCUUGAAAGAUUAGAAUGUCUUAUGAAUACCACUAUUUUGGUGCUUAUUGGAAGUUGCAGACAUGAGGAAGAUUAUCAAAGGGUCCAAAUGUUAAGAAACUUGUGCAAUGAACUGAAGAUAUCUGAAAAAGUGGAAUUCAAAGUUAACUUGACAUUUCAAGAAAUUGUUCAAGAAAUGAAGAAAUCUAUUAUGGCACUUCAUACUAUGAGAGAUGAACAUUUUGGUAUUGGAAUUGUUGAGUGCAUGUCUGCAGGUUUAAUUAUGAUCGCUCAUAAUACUGGUGGCCCAAAGAUGGACAUUAUUGUUGAUUAUAAUGGUAAAAAAACUGGCUUCUUAGCAAAUGACAUAAACACCUUUGCAGAUGCUAUGGAAUAUGUAUGGAAAAUGGAUCCUAAAGAUUUAGAUGAAAUAAGAACAAAUGCUCGUAACUCUGUAUCACGCUUUUCUGCAGAUAAGUUUGAAGAUGAUUUUAUUUCAGCAUUCAAAUUACUUUUCAUAUGA